GAAAAAGGGAAAAUAAGUAAGUAGAGGUCAGAAGUGGAGAACAGUCUGUCGCUUGUUCGCCUCCAUGAAGUAGUUUACACUGAAGUAGUUUACAGACUUUAAAUUCAACUUUGUUACAGGCACCGAUGUGAUUCAGAAUAAUUCUCCAAAAUAUUGAGACCAAACCGUGAACAGGCACACCUGCUUUCUUCAGACAAAAAUGGACAAGCAGCAGCUGUGAUGUUAGCCAGGAUGGCUCUGAGCGCAGUGACUAGAGGAGUCACUGCACAUCGCCUUUGUAAGAACGUCACGUUUUACGUGAAUGAAUUAACGUCUCCAGGCGCAGGAAGUCAGUCCUCCGAGGAAACCAAACCUCUCCUGUUGAUGCUGCCGUGGUUAGGAUCUCGUCCCCAAGCUGUAGCCAAGUAUUGUGAAAUCUACUUUCGCACUGGCUUUGACAUCCUUGUAGUGGAGAGUGAG